UUGUUGCCGCGGCAGCAGAGCAGCUCACAUCACACACACUAAAACAUUCUUCAUCAUCAUCAUCAUCAUCGCUGCCUCCUCCUGCGUCUCCUCGCCCUGCGUCCACAAACCUGCCUUCAUCCUCUUCAUCAUCCUCUUCUUCAUCCUCCUCUUGUUCAUCUUCAUCAUCUGUGGACGACCAAACAUGGACAUGGAGUAACGACCGCCUGACGCCUCCUCCUCCUCGCUCCUCAAAACAAACCUGGUGUCUCUCGACCAUCACCGCUAAUGCCUUGCUGACUUGCACAAGAGAGCGAGAGACAGUAAAACAGAGAGAGAGAGAGAGGCUGCAGAUCUAUAAUCACCACAGCAGAGAAAAAACACUUAGGGCGAGCGAGGAGGCAGCCAUUCUGUUGAUGUUGCAACUUUGUAGAACCAUCAUCACAAUUUAAUAAGAAUUUGAAAAGCUGUAAUAAAAGGAGGGAGGAGCUACAGGCAACAUUUAGUUUUUAACAUUCUGACAUUCUGAACAAGAAGGCUCCUCCCCCUCCAAACAGAAGGAUUCUCCAGGAAGGCUCCGACCCCUCCAGACAGAAGGAUUCUCCAGGAAGGCUCCGCCCCCUCCGGACAGAGAGACACUCGAUCAGAGUGAAAACGGACCGGCGUCCUCGUCCAUUCUCUUCAUGGCUUGACCUUUGACCCUUCAGCUGAACCCUUCCUAUGCCCCUCCCCCUCAUCAUGUCCCCCCCACUUCCUGUCGCGCUGCUCUGACCACUCGAGGCAGGAAACAAAGUGAGGGAGGAGUUAGGAUUGACUGGGCCCCACCCCCCUCCUCACAGGCCGCCGAAGCUCGACUCCCAGCGCGUGGAUUUCCUCUGAUGCAAGAUGGCGGCCGGCGUGGCAACGUGGCUGCCGUUUGCGCGGGCGGCGGCGGUCGGCUGGCUGCCGCUCGCCAAGAAGACGAUGCCUAAACCUCCGGUGGACAACUCGUCCAAGUCUGACGAAAUUCUGUACGUCAACGUCAGCGGGGUCAGGUUUCAGACGUGGAAGAACACUCUGGACCGUUAUCCCGACACGCUGCUCGGAUCCUCGGAGAAAGAGUUUUUCUACAACGAAGACACGCAGGAGUAUUUCUUUGACCGAGACCCUGAGAUGUUCCGGCACAUUCUGAACUUUUACCGCACGGGAAAGUUGCACUACCCGAGACACGAGUGCAUCCAGGCCUUCGAUGAGGAGCUGGCGUUCUAUGGCAUUGUACCAGAGAUCAUUGGAGAUUGUUGCAUGGAGGAAUAUCGAGACCGGAAGAAAGAGAACCAGGAGCGUUUGGCUGAAGAUACCGAGGCCAACGAGGCCAUGGACGCCCCCCUCCCCCCACACAGCACGCCCAGGGAGCGUCUGUGGCGAGCGUUUGAGAACCCCCACACCUCCACCAUGGCUCUGGUCUUCUACUACGUCACCGGCUUCUUCAUCGCCGUCUCCGUCAUCGCCAACGUGGUGGAGACGGUUCCCUGCCGGCCUCUGAAAGGCAGCGUGAAGGACCUUCCGUGUGGAGAGAAAUACCAGCUGGCCUUUUUCUGCAUGGACACGGCCUGCGUGCUCAUCUUCACCUUCGAGUACCUGAUGCGUCUGUUCGCGGCGCCCAGCCGCUGCAAGUUCAUGCGCUCUGUGAUGUCCGUGAUCGACGUGGUGGCCAUCAUGCCAUACUACAUUGGACUGGUGAUGCCCGAGAACGAGGACGUUAGCGGCGCCUUUGUCACGCUCCGUGUCUUCCGCGUCUUCAGGAUCUUCAAGUUCUCGCGCCACUCGCAGGGUCUGAGGAUUCUGGGCUACACGCUGAAGAGCUGCGCCUCGGAGCUCGGCUUCCUGCUCUUCUCCCUCACCAUGGCCAUCAUCAUCUUCGCCACCGUCAUGUUCUACGCCGAGAAGGGCACCAAGGGCUCCACCUUCACCUCCAUCCCCGCCUCCUUCUGGUACACCAUCGUCACCAUGACAACGCUUGGGUACGGCGACAUGGUUCCCAACACCAUUGCUGGGAAGAUCUUUGGGUCCAUCUGCUCACUCAGUGGUGUCCUGGUCAUCGCGCUGCCCGUCCCCGUCAUUGUGUCCAACUUCAGCCGAAUAUAUCACCAGAACCAGAGGGCGGAUAAGAUGAGAGCACAGCAGAAAGUGCGUUUAGCUCGAAUCCGCAUGGCAAAGAAAGGAACAACCAACGCUUUUCUACAAUACAAAGAAGACAGAGCACUGGGGGAUCGGGACAGUGACAGCACGGCUCUGUGUGUGAAGAACAGAUCAGCGUUUGAACACCAACAUCAUCAUCUGCUGCACUGUCUGGAGAAAACAACGAACCACGAGUUCACAGAUGAGAUGACGUACAGCGAGCUCUGUAUGACCGAGUCCGUCGGCUUCAGGACGAGUCGCAGCACCUCCCUGUCGAGCCAGCAGGGGGCGCAGAACAACUCCACUGGCUGCUGCCCGCGGCGAGCCCGCAGACGAGCCGCCAUGCGUCUGGCCAACUCCACGGUGUCUGUGAGCCGUGGGAGCAUCCAGGAGCUGGACACGCUGCACAUGAAAAUCACCGCGAUACCACCGCAAACUCGCUCCAGUCUCAACGCUCAGCUCGAGGACCUGAAGCUAAAUUGCGGGGAACAGGAUUUCAGCGCGGCCAUCAUCAGCAUCCCCACGCCCCCCGCCAACACACCUGAGGAGAGUCUGCCUCCCUCACCCGCUCCCAUCCCUGGGAUCCUUAGAAACACCCGCGCCACCGCGUACACUCAUGACAAGAUCAAAGUCUCCUCCUUAUAACCUUCAGACCUCAAGCAGUAAGCCCCUCCCCCCUCUCGUUGCUCCACCCUCUAAGAUCCUGAGCAGCAGCUUCUGCUCCCUGAGCUUCUCACAUGUUUGCAGAUGUUUUCAAAAAAACAAACCCGGGAACAGAAUAUCGUGUCAUGGAGAGGGAACUUGAUGGUCAUGAAGGUAGAACCAAGGUCCUUUAAACCCAGGCCCUCUGACCUUUGACCUUUGAACAGGUCAUCCGGCUGACUGACUGGGUUCACUUUGCACAACCACUGAACGUACAAGAGGGAAGUGAAAUGGCAGCUGAGGCUGGUGUUUAGACCUGGACUCUUGAGGGUUUAGACCUGGACUAAGGUGUUUAGACCUGGACUCUUGAGGGUUUAAACUCAGAGACAAAGUGAUAAAAGUUCCAAGUGACUCUUCUUCAGCUCAGGUUCAAGAAACACUUUAUGAAAAUGCGACGACGACGACGACGAUCUGAACCAAACUGGAUUAAGUCCGUUUUCUAAAUUAGAGAACGUUUCUUCACUGAGAUCAGAUUAAAAGUGGUCUGAUCCGACUCUCACACGGGAAACUAAAGCCUUUUACUUUUCAAAAUAUGCAACACUGAAACAAACAGGACAAGAGCAUCAACAAAGAGCAGGAUAAUAAGAAUGAUAAUGAUAAUAAUAACGACAAUAAGAACAAUAAUAAUAAUGAUAUAAUGUAUUUAAAAGCUUCUGUCACUGCAGGGAACAAAAUGUAAAGCAAUUAAGAAACGAACGGAUGGCGCGUGAAGACGUGUUUCCCAAUAUUUUUCCAGAGAAAAGGAAACUGAAGUCAGGUUUGUCCCGGCGGCGACGAUCCGCUUGUUUUCAGCACGUGGAUUAAAAAUGUCUGCUUUCUGCCUCCAGGGGGCGCCUGUGUCACAACGAUAGUUAAGUUAGUUAGUGAGUCGUUACAGUAGUGAAAAAAAUAGGUUUUCUGCUCCUCAGUCAAAACAUGAAAAUAUAAUAAAAGAACACGACAAAUAAAUGUAAAUUAAACUUUUACACGAAGAAAAUGUUCCAUCAAAUAAGAAACAGCAGAAACUAAAUCUUUAAAUUUAUCAUCCACAGCAGAAACACUGUUUACUUCCUGUUUCUGGUCUACCUACUUCCUGUUUCCUGUUGUUUACAGGAAACAUCCGAUUUCAUGUUGUUCAUGUUGGAUGAUCAAUAUAAAGUUUUAUGAUUCAUUUCUUAUUCAUUUUAAAUGAGUUAACUUAAAAAAAGAAGGAAAAAAAAGCUGAAAACAACCAGAGAGUGAACGUUGUUGACGACUUGACUUCAGUGUUCAGACAAGCUUUUCGUCCACCAAUCAGAAGCGAGUAUGUAAAUGAGUGCGUGAGUGACAGACGGUGAACAUUGUAACAUAUUUUGUAUCAUAAACUCUCACCUGCAUCUUCCAAUCAAACCCUGAGAAAAAAGAAAAGACAAAAGAAAACAGAUGGAGACGAACGUGCGUGGGUGCGUGUGGGUGUUCCUCCAUGCAUGAGCCUUGUACAGUAGAAGUAGCAUUAUUGAUCAAAAGUGAUCAUAAGAACUUAUCAAUCAUAUCAGAAAAAAAAUUGUCUGUCGUUUUGCAUGAAAAAUUCUUCAGUUUUGUUCUCGUUUCUCCAAAAUAACUUUAACGAAGAGUGUUUGCACCAAAGCAAAGGAAUUAUUAUUAUUGGAUUAUUGAAUUCCAAAAUAAAAACAAAAUCAUUCAGGCAUGUUCCUCGCCAGGAUGUGUGUGUGUGUGUGUGUGGGUGUGUGUGUGAGAGAGAGAGCAGUCACAAAUAUGCAUGGAUACCGUUAUAGGUAUUUUCUCUGUUUAACAAAGACGAGAUUGAACUCACUGUGACUGGUUUCUAUGACAACGACCAUGUUCAAACAUCAUGUAACAAACUUUUAUUCAAGGUCCAGUUUUUCUCUCACUUUGACCAGCAACUGUACCAAGUUCCUGUCAGAAGGGGGCGCUGUGCUGACGAGUGUAAAUGUGUUCCUUUAACGUGGAAACACUGGUUUGACGCAUUUGAAAACUCCAGAGAACAUAACCAGGUGACCUCCAGGUGACUUCCAGGUGACCUCCAGGUGACCUCCAGGUGACCUCCAGUUCGGACGAGUUGACCCCGUGGUGAUCUUGAGUUCGGACGAGGUGACCUUGAGUUCGGACGUGGUGACCUUGACUACGGACGAGGUGACCUCGUGGUGACCUUGAGUUCGGACGAGGUGACCUCGUGGUGACCUUGAGUUUGGAUUGACCUCUGACAUCGUUGACAGGAUGGAAAUGAAUUUACAGAAACAGUAAAUUGUUUAUUUUAUUAAUUCCGAAAAAUCUUCUAAUUCUUCAUUUGAAUAAUUUGUGAAAAUGUUUUUUUUUUUCAUCCUGUCAGUGGUUUUGUUGUCAUGUGACCUGUCUUUUCGUGGGUCUUAAAUUGUUGGUCUGCUGAAGGUUUGAUUGUUUCCAUCCGUGAAGUUCAGUCUCAGUGAGUGAAGAAGAAGAAGAAGAAAACAACAUAAAAGCACAGACAUGUAUAUUCAUUCCACUAAUAAACAACAGAAACCA